UUUACUCUUACAAACAAACUAGCAACAGUUAUCAGCGGCUUGACCACCCGUCGACAGUCAUGCGAAGGAAAAAAACUUGUCUAAACUGUUUGUUGGGCUGUUGUUAGUUCUUCUGAUCGUCGACGGCGACUGUAUUUCCAGUAAAGGGAGGAUUAACCACGGAGAGCACGGAUAGUCUAGGGCUGCCGUUUUAUGAUGAACUUCUCCGAGGUCUUCAAACAAUCCAAUCAACUUUGUAAAGUUUCUCCAAAUGGAAAAUAUUUGGCUACCUGUGUGCAGUACAGACUGGUGGUGCGAGAUGUGAGCACCCUGCAGAUUCAACAGCUCUACACUUGUCUGGACCAGAUAUCAUACAUGGACUGGUCUUCUGAUUCUCUCUUUAUCCUCUGUGCCAUGUACAAGAGGGGAAUUGUACAGGUGUGGUCUCUCGAACAACCAGACUGGCACUGUAAGAUUGAUGAAGGCUCAAUAGGGCUACUCUCCUCUCGCUGGAGUCCAGAUGGACGUCAUAUUCUCAACACCACAGAGUUCCAUUUGAGAGUCACUGUCUGGUCCCUCUGCACUAAAGCAGUGUCUUACAUCAAGUAUCCCAAAGCAUGUCAUAAGGGUAUAGAUUUCAGCAGGGAUGGCUGCUACAUGGCUUUGGCUGAGCGCCGUGAUUGCAAAGACUAUGUUAGUGUAUUUGUAUGUGAUGACUGGCAUUUACUUAGGCACUUUGAGACAGAGACACAAGAUCUUGCAGGGCUGGAGUGGUCUCCCAAUGGUUGUGUGCUGGCUGUGUGGGAUAGCUGCCUGGAGUACAAGGUGUUGAUGUAUUCUUUAGAUGGCCGGUUGCUGUCAUUCUACAGUGCCUAUGACUGGUCUCUGGGUGUGAAGUCUGUGACCUGGAGCCCCAGCAGCCAGUUUCUGGCCAUCGGCAGCUACGAUGAAAAAGUCCGCAUUCUCAAUCAUAUCACAUGGAAGAACAUUACACAGUUUGAGCACCCAGCAACCAUUAACAACACAAAGGCUAUUGUGUAUAAGGAAGUGGAGAGAAGGCCAGCUGUUGGAAGUGAUGACCUGUCGCUGCACAACAUUUCAAUUGGCACCAACCUCUUCAGCACCCAGAGCAAAUAUGAAAUCUGUCCACCACCAGUCCAAAUUCCUGUCAUCAAACCAGACCCAGAUCGGGCCAACCCAAAGAUCGGUGUCUCUGCUUUGGCAUUCAGCUCAGACAGUCGCUAUCUAGCAACCAAAAAUGACAACAUGGCCAGUGCUGUCUGGGUGUGGGACGUACAGAAGAUGGCCCUGGCAGCUGUGCUUGAGCAGUCAUCAGCUGUGCGUUGCUUUCAGUGGGAUCCACAACGCCCUCGUCUGGCACUCUGUACUGGCAACACCAAACUCUAUCUGUGGUCCCCUGCAGGAUGUGUUUCCGUCCAAGUCCCCAGUGAAGGUGGUUUCCAAGUCCACUCACUAACCUGGCACUGCAGUGGAGAUUCUCUGAUCUUGCUCUCAAAGGAGCAGCUAUGUUUGUGCUAUAUGGACACUGACCAUGAGGAAAAGUAAAACACACAAACAUGAAGGUGUCAUAAAACAACUGUUUUUAUGUACACUUGGUAGAGAAUGUAAAAAGAUAGCAACUGAGAAAAUGUUCUGAGCACUUCCCUUGAAAAAUCUCAACACUUAAAUUUUAACUAAAGGUAUUCAAAGGUGUUUAAGGUGCUCAGUACUGGUUACUGGGAUGUUCCAUUUCAUGUUAAACAUGUGGGUACCAAACAUUCCUUAUAGAGGACAAACACUGAAUCAGUAUCACUAUUAGAUAAUAAAAUGUAGAACUAGGCUCAAGUUUCAAACACUGUAAAAAGAUAGAGGUUUACAAAGUUUGCUUUGUAAUUUUUUUUAUUUUUAAUAUCUAUUUUGUGUUAAAAUGUGUGGAAUUAUUUUGAAUAAAUUUUGUAAUAAAUAAUGCAGGUUAGUGUGAUUUAAUAAAAACAUGCAUUGAUGUGUAAGUUAAUUAAAACGGUUUGUGUACCUAGCUUAGUGUAACGUCCAGAGUUGAUGAAUCCAAAAAAUUGAUGCCUCACUUCAUAACAUACACUAUAUUGCCAAAAGUAUUCGCUCACCUGCCUUGACUCGCAUAUGAACUUAAGGGACAUCCCAUUUUUGAUCCAUAGGGUUUAAUAUGACAU